AUGGCGUCCCCUAUGCUCGAGAGUCGUAUCGAGCCUCACAAGAAGGCGCACUUCAGCCUGCACAUCAGCGACCGCAUAGGCAGCAGCGACGAUGCUCUCGGAGAACUCAGCAGUGUCAAAUACAACCACAAACCCUCGCAAACGACGGAAUCGCGCUCUACAACGCUGACACCGCCCACCUCGGCCAACCUCUACAAGCUCCGCAUUGACGACACGAGCAGUUCGGGCGACAAGGACGUCUUCACCUUCACCGGACAAAAGUCACAACCGAAGAAGUCCUAUGUCCUCGUCUUCGAUGCCGCGAACCAGCAGGCCACGCUUGAGCCUCUUUCCAGCAGCUACACGUUCAACCUCGCCACCAGGAACGGCAAAGACGUCUCGUCGCAGCACGCCAAGAUAUAUCCCAAGAAGCUCAAGGACGAUGCCCAAGACAAACACGACGAAGAGGACCUGUUUGGCGAGGCAGCAGCUGACGACCAGGGAGGCGAUCCUGACGCGGACAACCCCUACGACUUCCGGCACUUCUUGAGCAAGGAGAAGGAGAAACGCGGCGACGAGUCGGAAUAUCGCUACGCGUCCUCGCCAGACUACAGGACUGGCACGGGCAGCGCCGUCAACACACCGCAGCUGGGCGCUCGCCCGACUGCGGCUGCUGCUCCCGCGCGGAAGCCCAUGACUGCCCCGGGCCCCAAGAAGCGCAAGACAGCGACAGCGAACCCCAUGGUGAAGCCCAAGAAGGCGCAAGCCACACCAGCCGUCCGCCUCCAACGCACCGCAACCGAUACCGCGUCAAAGCCCAAGGCAAAGUCUACGGCACCGCCAGCACCCAAGAUCAAAUCCUCCGAAGUCAUACACUCGUCUGACGAAUCCGACGGCGAAGUGGCUUCAUCCCCCGCGCGCUCAUCGCCCCCUCCUGACCAAGGCCAACAACACCACAGUGAUGAAGAAGAAGAUGAUGAUCGUGAUGACGCAGAGGGCGAGUCAGAUGACGACGGCGGUCUGGAGAUUGAAGUGCCCGAUGCCCGCCCACCACGACGCAACAACGGUGCCUUGGCCUCUCUAGGCCUUGGUCAGAACCUUGGUGCAGGCUACUUGCGCUCACCCUCAAACGGCCCCAUCUCCCUCGCUAGCGCAGCCAACAGUGACGUCGAAGGCUCGCCAAACCCACACGCACGCAAUCGCAACGCCCAGGAUGAGAUUGACUUUGGUGAUCUGGGCGGCGACGACGCAGAAGGUGAAGACGACGAUGACGAUGACUACAACAACAGGGACAUCGAGCCUAUGGACAUCGGCCCGCCUGCCCGACAAGAGACAACGGGCCACGAUCGAAAGCCUAGCGAUGUUGGUGAAGUCGCGGCAGCCGACGACGACGACGACGACGAAGAUGAUCUUGAGGCGCUAAUGAUGAGAGGCUUGGAGGGCGGAGACAGCAGCGAAGAGAGUGAAGAGGAGUGA